GAUAAUUACACCAUAUAUGUAGUGGGGGGGGGAUGUCAGCAUCUGAUUUUAUUGUUAUUAUUAUAGUCUGUUGCUUCUAGAUCCCCAAACCCCUGAAAGCCACGAAUAAUGCUCGUGAGUGGACUUACGCUGGCGUGUACACCAGGGCUCUGACCAAUCUAAAUAUUAUAGGAUUAUAAUUAAUUUAAUUAAAACGCCUGCAUUUGUAAUGGGGGGUGGUAACUACUCCAUAUUAGCCUAGCCUAGCCUAGCCCGUGAGCACUCGGAGAGAUAUCACUGCUGCGCUGUCUCCAGCGUGGGCUGCCGCUACAGGAGCAGAGAAACCUCUGAGUCAACCGUGAGCCGCACGGGGCAAGACACCACCGAGCAGCUUCACCGACAAGCACGAAACCCACAGGUUUGUUGGGAGUUAAUGAACACCGACGCAGGUGUAAUACCGCCUUAACGCGACAGUCGCAGUAACCUUACAGAGCGUGUAACAGCGUUUGGCCGUGUUUGCUGUGACAGAGCAUCUAAAAACACUAAAAAUGACAGCCACAAAGCCACAGAGCAUGCUCCGAGAAGCCUCUCGUCAGGUCAUCGCCGGUGGAUCCGCUGGUCUGGUAGAGAUCUGCUUGAUGCAUCCCCUCGAUGUGGUGAAGACAAGGUUUCAGAUCCAAAGAGGAACCACUGACCCCACCAGCUACAAGAGCCUGGGUCACUGCUUCCGGACAAUUUUCCAGAGUGAAGGAGUAUUUGGAUUCUACAAGGGAAUCCUGCCUCCUAUUCUGGCAGAGACACCAAAGAGAGCAGUCAAGUUUUUCACCUUUGAGCAGUACAAGAAGUUGCUGAAUUUGACCCCUUUGUCUCCCGGUGUGGCGCUGUCUGCAGCAGGGCUUGGUUCUGGCUUGACUGAGGCUUUGGUGAUCAAUCCAUUCGAGGUGGUGAAAGUCAGUCUCCAGGCCAACAGGGAUUCCUUCAAAGAGCAGCCCUCCUCUUUUGCCCAAGCAAGACGGAUAAUUAAGUCAGACGGCUUUGGACUGAGGGGCCUUAAUAAAGGAUUAACAUCAACACUGGGGCGCCAUGGAGUUUUCAACAUGAUCUACUUUGGCUUCUACUUCAAUGUCAAGGACGCUAUUCCUACCAGCCCGGACCCUACCCUAGAGUUCCUGCGCAAGUUUACCAUCGGCCUGUUGUCUGGGACCAUCUCCUCCUGUGUGAAUAUUCCCUUCGAUGUAGCCAAGAGCCGGAUCCAGGGCCCCCAGCCAGUGCCAGGAGAGAUCAAGUACCGCACCUGCUUCCAGACCAUGGCACUAGUGUACCGCGAAGAGGGGUAUUUGGCACUAUACAAGGGAUUGGUUCCCAAGAUAAUGAGGCUUGGACCAGGUGGAGCAGUAAUGCUGUUGGUCUAUGAAUAUGUGUCUGAGUGGCUGCAGAGAAACUGGUAACAAAACAGGGAAGCCCACAAUGGUGCCUUAUGAACUGUGCCUUAUUGCAAGUAUUGUUACCUGAUCAGAGUCAUAUCCGAAUAAAUUAGAUUUUUUUAAUCUUAAAUACAAAAACCUCAAAAUACCAAAUCAGCAUUAUAUUAUGUUUUAAAAUGCAGCUUUCGUUUCCCAUAUUCAGAUUGCUACAACACAUUUUGAGUCUGAGGGAACUGUUCUAAUACCUGAAAAUAGUCUUCAUUGAGUUUAAAAUCACCGACAAAUCAGUGUUACUAAUGAAGUCAUCCAUUAACAUAGUUUUUUUCACAUUUCAUUGGUUGUAGUUCUCAUAUUUUUCUUCUUUUUUGUGCUCAUCUCACUGGUUUGGUGCACCAAUCACAGAUUAAAUAGACAAAGACAAAGCAGACUGAGCUGAACGCUUCAGAAUAUGAACUAUUUAUAUAGAAAUACUUGAAAUGUGUUCAAAUGACAUAAAACACCAAAAAUACAGUGAAGGCAUGUUUAUGAUUAUCCUGAUUUCUGUCUAUUUACAGCUAUACUUGAACACAUAUUCUCAAUUAAGAUGAGUUUGUACAACGAUCCAUCUCCAGUCUCCUAUUUUAUCACAUCAUAACAUCUAUACUUAUUCAUCAUCUUAUGUUAUAUGUAUUCAUAAAUGCAAAUGCAAGGUGCAAUCAGGAAA